AUGUCAGUUAUCAAGCAAGGGAAUUGUAAACUGUCGUCAUAUACACCACUCGAAGGCUUGGUAAAAACCAAAUGUCUCGGCUGCGGUAAACGUCGCAUGUAUUUCUGUUACGAUUGCCGUAUUCUUCUCCCUGGUGUAUACUCCCCUCGCGUGAAGUUGCCGUGCGAUGUGGAUAUAGUUAAGCAUCCAAUGGAAAAGAACAGCAAAAGUAGCGCUAUUCAUUGCAAGAUUGUAGCCCCUGAGCAAACACGGGUUUUCGAUGUACCGGAUGUCUACGACUAUGGUGCUGAGGACACUUCAGAUGAUGCGGGUAGCAAUGUGCUGGUGUUUCCUUCUCCUUCUGCGGUCUCUAUCGAGGAAUUCGUUCGGAGGAAUGGUCGAAUAAAGCGAUUUGUUGUUUUGGAUUGCACAUGGUUCCAGGUGAACAUGAUGCAGAAAAUCCGUCAGAUUCAAGGCCAGUACUGCGCUCAGAAUCUCCCUUGCGUCUCACUGACCAACUAUAGCACUGCUUUUUGGAGACCCCAGCAUAAUGUCGAUGACCAUGGUUUGGCAACAAUUGAGGCUAUUUAUUACGCUCAACGAGAGUAUCAAGAGCAAGUUACUAAGCAGCCGUACGGAGGAGAAUUCGAUGAUUUGCUGUACUGGUUCUUCCAUACUCGGCAAUAUGUCAACAAACGGCAGGAGGAAUAUCGCAAGCGAAAGCUCGAAGAAACUAAGACACUAGAAGAACCGGUCAAGCUGGCAACUACUUAA